UUUCUCUAGAUGGGGUACAAGACAGCUAUGUUGAUCUUUGGAGUUUUAAGUGCCAUAUUAAUACCCAUAUUUUGGCCAGAUCCCGAACCUCCAGUUUUGCCAGACAUGUGGUGGGGCCGAGGAAAAUUGCUAUUUGAUCCCGCAAAAUUUCCAAAGGAUAACCCUGCCGUCAGACCGUUCCGCGUCAACGUGAUGAAUGAGACUCUACGAGAUUUAAAUCGUCGCUUGGACAACACUCGUCUUUCCGACCCUUUAGACAACGUUCAAUUCCAGUACGGUUUCCGUUCCGAUUACCUGAAGAAAGUAAUUGAUUAUUGGAGAAAUACUUAUGAUUGGAGGAAAGAAGAAAAACGACUGAAUCAAUACGAUCAGUUCUUAACUCAAAUAGAAGGGAUUGAUAUUCAUUUCUUGCAUAUCAAACCAACCAAGACAAAUCCGAAGAUGAAGGUACUCCCGCUAAUGCUAAUUCACGGCUGGCCGGGAUCUGUUGUCGAAUUUUACAAGAUACUACCACUUCUUGUCACCCCGAGUGGGGAUAGAGACUUCGUGUUUGAAGUGAUUUGCCCUUCGAUACCAGGAUAUGGUUAUUCUGAAGCUCCACAUCAACCAGGAUUUUCCAUGGCAGACGCAGCACGAGUGUUUGUUAAGUUGAUGGACAGGCUGGGUUUCCCUAAAUUUUACGUUCAAGGUGGAGAUUGGGGGAGUGCCAUAUCCACGGUGAUCUCUGCAGUGUAUCCAAAAAAGUAUUGUUAUAUCUUUCGUUUAUAA